AUGACGUCGAUCACAUGGAAUCUAUUUAACAUUGAUGUUGAAGAUGCGCAUGAAGACGCUGGUGAUGUAACAUGUAGUCUUCGUCGUGUCGUAGAAGUGGGCGGAUCCUCAUCUGAUGUACAAGUACUAAGAGUAAAAGUUUUCGCGGCUUUUUACCGGCAUAUUCAUAUACCCAUCGUUUUUGUUGCUAUGAUAGAUUGUUCGUUUUUAAGAUUUUGUUUAUUUCCUUUUUGGGUCGUCAAAAAGAGCAGCGAGGAUUAUUGAACAUCAUGAUUUUUCUGAGAUUUUUUCAGUUCGUUAUUCGUCUGCUUGAAGUUUCGUCCUUGAUACGAUUUCAAGUUUUAUUCUUUUUGUUGCUUCGAGUUGGACGAGUAGGAGGUCGACGGUCAAACUAGAAGCGUUGCUGGCCGUCAUCACUCUUCUCUCACUUGCAGCUUUGCCAGAAAUUAACAGGACGUGCUAAUCGCGUCAGUUGUGAGUUUGAAUGCAAAUUCUUAUAUAUAUUCAUAGUAUAUUUUUGGAUUUUUUUGAUGAGCACUACAUCUACACAGGAGGAAGAUACCGAAGCAACAAGAGAACCACCACUAGUACUAAUCAAUUAAAUAAUAAGGAGCUGUAUCAGUAUAAUUUGAGAAGAAAAGAAGAAAAAGAAACUCAUCCCGAGAAGUAGUUUUGAAAGAGUCGUAUCAACAGCGCAAGGUCAACAAGGUACUUAGGAUCUUCGAUGACUACUUGUUGUGUCCGCCGUCUUUGUGGUUACUGCCAUUAAGAGAAAGCAGUGCUGUUGUGCUGCUGAAGACGACGAGGUCAAGGAUAUUUCUAUCGUUGAGCUGCAGUACUGACGCGAGACAUCAAGGACUGGAAAUCGACGCUAAAGCUACACCACGUAGCAGCUGUUCGUUCCCUCGUAUUUUGUUCCCGACGCGAGACAAUUACCAGCUUCCUUGGUCGCUUUUUUUGAAGAUACAAGCAAGCCGUUUUGCUCUGUGUUUGACGCCUGCGACCAACGAGGUGACUGUUGAGAGGAGAAGUAACCGCAACAGGGAUAAGCACUCGCACUAUUAACGCUAAGUCGAGAACGAGGACGACGUCAAGGGGCAUCCUACGACUCGAGUAUUCGGCUUAUCAUAGUACUAGUGCUACUCAGAUUUGAAGAAGAACGGGGAAAAGUUAGUAGACGCCCAUAUCAACGACCGCCAGAGCCAGUAGCUCCGUUGAAGUGGACAUCAGAUAGAAAGAAGAGAAACUAGAGACGCCAAAAAUUGUACGCGACUGAAAACGACACGCAUAGCGACAGUGACUACGUCCUCCUCUUCACACGUUGUACGUCGUUCAAGAGAUAAAAACGCAAAGAACUCGUAGAAUUUUCUCCCGGCGCGAGAGAAUUAUUGCGCUCCCGGCACCAUCGCAAAGCAAAAAAAUGGCGCGUUCUAAGAAGGUUCGAACGCGCACAAUAAACGACUGCAUCGAUGACAGUAGCUCGGGCGGAGAUGACUCUAUCGUGAUAGAAGAAGAUCAGGACAUCGCAGACUUUGCUCUCGACGAUGGUGCAGCUGGUACUAUAAGAAUACAUGGAUCAAUGUGGAUCAUGGAGUAUUGCUAUUGUUCCAAACCUCAAACUUUAGCUUACUUAAUCCUUUAUAGGAGUACAAGAUGAACCUUGCCUGUGCUCUCGCCUUUCGCCAGAUUAAUAUUAUGAAGUAGAUGAAUUAGUAGUCCUAGUCACCAGAAGCAGAGGCAGAAGUGGUGUAGGUAUUAAGGCUCAAUCUUCAAAAAUCUCAUGGGCAAUAUGCACAGAUUUUGACUUGCUAGCGGCUCCGACGCGACAGUUUGACGAACUUGAAGACGAUAAGAACGAGACUUCGUGGACGAGGCACGAUCGUUUUCAACGGUCUGCAAAGACCAUACUGCUCGACUUCGUGGAGCGAAGUGAGAGCUUCGAAGGUUCGUUGGAAGGACUGCUGGAGCUCGAUGCGCACUGGGACGACGCUCUGCUGCUAGUAGCGCUGUCGCUGGCCAAGGAUAGCGGACAGCUCUCGACCAACGAGGACCGGGAAAGGCUUCUCUCUUUGCUGGUGCGUUUCUAUCAAACCCGAGGAAGCUCGCUGGAUCAGUCCCUGGCACUUGAGAAAAUGAUGUCGCGCGCCGACGAUCUCCAACUCGAUUUUCCGUUCUUUCCGAAAAUGCUGGCAAGCUGGCUUCACAGAUUCAAGGAAGUACUCACUCAUUUAAAUAAGUACUCGCUAGGUCGUGGAGCUGCACAAGACUAGAAGUAGGUAGUGGAUGGAUUUUACGCUGACCUACUAGCGGGAUCGCUAACAUGAUAUUACGACGCGUCCAUUUUUUUUUGUCGUAGUCGUACUUGUUUUGAAUUAUAUAUUGGCCGUUGUACUUUCUUUUGUAUGGCUCUGGUAUUUGGUAACCUGAAUUCGAUCACAGGGCUUCUCUUCUUAUUUUCCUUAUGAUCAAAAUCAGGCUACCAAAUACCAGGACCCCUCAUCUUUCUUUCCCAAGUUCAACUUCGUUCAUGUGAUUUUCCAAAUUCAACGUCGUCCAUGCUGUUUUUUUUCUUCUAUGAAUGUAUCCAGGAAAAGCUGAUAAGCAGCGCACUUCUUCGUCGGUUACCGCAGAAAUUUCUGCUGGAUACUGGAUCAGAUGAGGUAGCAGUGUCGAAAUUGCGUGCUCGCAAGGCAUGCUACAAGAAGGUGAUCCACGAUUGCGGAUCGCUGAUCGGAACAGCAGGCACGUCGAGCGAUAGCAUCAGAACGUUCCUCGUUGAGCGACUGAAAGAAGGUGGAGGCGCUUCGCAAGAUCAAGAUGAAGCAGUGUGUGGAGAUUAUCCUUUGGAGAUGGUACUUGGAUUGGAAGUUGCGUUGUAAUUUUUGUAGCAGGCAUGCAUGCAAAAGGUACAGUGUCUUAUACAAUCCUAAAAUAGAAUUCAUAUGCUUUAAACCAGGGCAUACGAAAUAUGUAGCAGCAGCAUGAACUCAGACCUUCUUCGAUGAGAUUCUUGAAAUUUACCUUUACGAGGACAGUGCAAUUGUAAAAUAACUCUCUCUGUUCCUCCGUAACAUCAACAUGAUCACUCAUCCUCUAGUACAAAUAAAGGUAAAAGCAGCCGUUUUGUUCUUUUUGGAGAGCUGUCAAUGCAAGGAAGAAGAUGAUUCCCCAGCGAAGGCUGCUGCCUGUGCCUCUUUUCUUCAACAGCUCAGAGGAAUCGGAGUGCUUGGCGAUACGGGAAUGUUGUUCGGUCUUCUCCGGACGAUAGGAUCCGUCGACGAAAUCGCCGUCGAUAACCCAAAAGCAGACCAUUUUCUGAUCGAGCUGCUGAAGAUUCUCAUAGAGCAGGAUUCCCUGGAACCGGAUUUGCUCAAGAGGUCCGAUGUUUCGCUUUGAGUGAAAAAGUUUAACAAGGUCAACACAAUCUCUACCAUCAUUUUUCCAUCAAAGGAGCAAAAUGAUUGGAUUGAGGAAUCGUUUUUUUUCAUCAAACUCAAAGUCAAUUUCAAACUCCACUACCUAGGUGCCGGAUUCUGCAUGUGCCCGGAGGCGGGCAGGCACAGGAUAUCCUCAAGGAAGUGGAGGCUGCCAUGCCAGAACAUUUUGUUCCGUUCUACCUCGACUUUGAGCAGGACGUAUCUAUAAUGCUAGAUUUUCAUUAUCCAUGAUCGUAUAGCUUUUAUCUUCACUUCUACACCUACAGCUCAGCCUCAGCCUUAGGGAUAUCGUAGAGCAUCACUAUCAAUCUAAGUAAGAUAUUCAGUCUCAGUAAAUGAACAAAUAGUGCUGGUGCGUAGUUUCUGUCGGCGUUCAACAGCCCCACUUGCUCCUGUUCGCAAUGUGACUUACACCCUUCAUCAUCUUUUUCCAUUUUGCAGGUGAGUCGCGAAAUCGAUAAUUUUUUCGCAUCCUCUUCGUCGUGCCAUUACAACACCUUGUCCGGAACCGGAUGCUAUACUACGAGCAUUUCUCCGACCGCCUCGUCUUCGACGACAACGUCGCUGCAAGAUCGAAAAGAACGAUUCGGCAAAUUUGUGGCAAUGAUCGGGCCAGGACGCGAGAAGGCACGUGGACUGGUCGCACAGAUUGUGCGUGCUUGCUGCGCGGCUGAAGAUCCAGAGGCUUUUCGCAAGUCUUUGAUCAUGCGGUCUUCGUCUGUGGAUGUAGGUUCCGAAAGCAUCACAACAGGAGAUCAGGGAGCAGCUGCAGUAAACUCAGCGGAAGUAGAUAUUCUUGGAGGAGCACAACAGGAUUGUAGACCAAUAAAAGGUGAAUCUGGCUCGAUCGGACGUGGAGAGCCAGGUGCACCAGAUGUUGACGCUGGUGCUUCGAAACAACACAUGCUGAAUCAAGACUGCUUUUCGUCGAUGAUCUCCAUUUCUACUUGUACUUCGGAGCCGGCAUCUUCUUUUACCUCGAGCACGACGAGAAGCACGACGUCGUUUUCGUCCUCGUCUCCUACGUCGUCUUCGACAUGCGUGUCUGCAACAACGCUUUCGCCUAGCAGCAGUGGAAUCACUCCGUCUACAAGCUCCACUGGUGUCGUCUUGAACGCGGAAAAUGCAGGAGCAGGAGGUGGGGACCAACCCUCGUACCCGCAAAUGUUGAGCCACACAGUCUCUUCUGAAGUUCCUUCCAAUAUGAAUAGAUGUGGCGCGGAUCAUGGUGCGGAACUACAACUACAAGGAACGACGAUUCCGAGCAAGGUUGUACCUGGGGCCGUCACAUCGUGCGACAAGAUGAGUUCUACAACUACUCCUACUCCUAGUGGGGGCGUUGUAACCUCGUUCGAGAAUACGACGUCGAGUGCCAGUGCGUUUGAUAAUCCAUCGGAUAUUCUCACGUUGGGAAGACUUGAGGCAGGCUGCGCUCUGCUCACCUACCUGGUUCAGCAAAUCGAGGAGGUGCCCGCGUUGGCUUUAGCCGAUGGAUUUGGCCGUGCCAUUGUCACCCUAACCACGCAGGAAGAAAAGGAGACUGCGACGGAAAUGCUCCUUCGCUGCGAGAGCCUUUUCCCAGAGGGUCAAGUCCUCGACACAUCCACAGGAGCCGGCUUUUGAUUAGGGAUGGGACUAGAAAUUAGUGAUUCCUUUGAUUAUGAUUUGGCACAAGCACGGGCACAGCCACAUCCAGUGAUCUAGCACUUGUCCGCUAUUUUGUCUUCUUUGUAAGAUGUUAGGAGAUCAUUGUCCACCAUGUGAUUGUGGCUGAAAUUAUCCUUCACUACAAUCCAGCUCAGCGAUCGGCAACUGCAGAGCGCUGUCGUACUUGUCCCUUUUGUUGAGUCUGUCGUGCUGCUGCACGGCAGACAAUAAAAUGUAGUAACUAAAGCUAGGGAGGCGUUAGAUCAACUACAUAGAGCUGGACGAGAAGGACAGCGUUGAUAGUGUUAUCGGAAGGGUUUAUUUUUGAUUUCGAUAGAAGAUACAUUUAGAUUUUCUUUCUUAUACUAUAGUUGUAAUUGUGUUGGGAGGCAACAUUGACUACAUGAUUCUGCAUGACACCGAAGCAGGCGCUCCUGAGAAGACAUGUCGCCGACUUGACUUUUCAUGGCGCACUGGUCUUGGUGUUGGUAUUUGAAUGCCAGUACGAUGAUAAGUCUAGUACCAUGUUUUAUUGAAUAUAUUUAUAAGUAUCACUAAGUAAA